GGGUGCAAAAAGUUGACGGGGCAUAUCUGGUUUCUGUCAGAGCUCCGUAUCGGUUGUCGGUAAGUCUUAAGGUUUCUUUUCGUUCUUUCCCAGUGAAAUUCUCGCUGGUAGUCUUCCACUGGCUUUUGCCUCCGAAGCUAAGGCCUGUCUAUGCAAUGUGUCUGUCGCGCUAUGGUGAACAUAGUUGAGGGAGCUGGCACCCUUGCACAUCACAGCUGAAGAGCUUCACAGUCUAGAUGAAUCCGAGGCUCAACGUUGCAAUGUUUUCCAUAUCGCGAAUAUCACUCCGUUCUAAUAUCAAAAACUCUUGUACCUUCUCUCUGGAAUUACUGCGAAUAGCUCGUUCAAUUCUUUAUAUGUACUUAAUUCGUAAAUAGAUCACUUAUACUAACAUCGUGACAGUGACUCGAAAUGAGGCAAGUCAACUUGCUAAGAGGCCCCCUGAGGGCGGCAUGCAACCCUUCAUCUGGCACAACGAGAUGUGUCUCAGCGGCAUCGCCAUCUCGAUUGGGCUUGCAGGCACACCGCAAGCCUAGCACACAUCUCACUCUUCGGAGCUCAGCCCAUCAGCAGCACACAGCUCUCCACACCACCACGAAACGCCUCACAACUGCCAUUGCUCCAGACACCCCCGAACCAGCAUCACCCGAAGCUGUGUACUCGCCGCCCACAACCGGUAUCAUCUCUUACCUGCCCGCAUCAUGGGUUCCCUAUGCAGAACUCACCCGCAUCGACAAGCCGGCGGGCACUUACUACCUCUUCUUCCCCUGUCUCUUCUCGACUCUAAUGGCCGCGCCGAUGGCCAUGCCCAUGGCAUCUCCGGCCUCUGUCAUUGGAACUUCGCUCCUGUUCUUCUCGGGAGCCCUCAUCAUGCGAGGCGCGGGCUGCAGCAUCAACGACCUGUGGGACCGUAACCUCGAUCCGCAUGUCACGAGAACGAAAUUCCGGCCCAUCGCGCGAGGCGCCAUCACUCCUUUCCAGGGUCUCGCGUUCACCGGCGCCCAGCUCCUGGCCGGACUGGGCAUCUUGGUCCAGUUCCCCACGUCCUGCCUCUGGUACGGCAUCCCGAGUCUACUCUUCGUGGCCUCCUACCCCCUGGCGAAGCGGGUCACCUACUAUCCCCAGGCCGUACUGGGCCUCACCUUCUCCUGGGGUGCGAUGAUGGGCUUCCCAGCUCUCGGAAUCGACUUGUUAUCCAACAGCGCGGCCUUGACGGCUGCCGGGCUUCUGUACACAUCGAAUGUCGCCUGGACAAUUCUGUACGAUAUGAUCUACGCCCACAUGGACAUCAAGGAUGACGUCAAGGCGGGCAUCAAGAGUAUCGCCCUCAAGCACGAUGCCGAGACCAAGCAGGUUCUUACGGGUCUGGCUGCGGUCCAGCUGAGUCUUUUGGGUGCUGCCGGGUUCGCAGCUGGUGCGGGUCCAGCCUUCUUCGUUGGCAGCGUCGGUGGAGCGGCGGUGACACUCGGUGUCAUGAUCAAGCGGGUCAACCUGAAGAGCGUUAAGGACUGCUGGUGGUGGUUCAUUAACGGUUGUUGGAUCACUGGUGGCGUCAUCAGCUUGGGUCUCGCGGCCGAUUACACUGUAAGAUACGUUCAAGGCGGGAACGAGGAUGCUGCCGGUCAGAAGCAGCUGGAGUAGGGAACUCUAAAAAAACGGCGUAUAGAAAGAUGCCAGGAGAAAACUUGUACCAACAUCGUCUGUAAAUUUCAUAGCA